CACUUCUAAGGAUUAGUCUCGUCAGUCUACGAUACCUCUAAGUUAUCAUCGACAACUUUAGCAAAAUGUUCAAAUUGUUGGUUCUCUGUGCCUUAGUGGCCUAUGCCUCUGCUGGAGCCAUCGCACCUUAUGCUUACUCUCAUGCAGUUGCUCCUGCUGUGCAUUAUGCUCCCACUGUGAGUUACGUACCCUCUGUAUAUCAUGCCCCACUCGCCACCAGUUAUGCCAAUACUUACAAGGUUGCUCUUACUGCCCCUCAUGUGACUAAGUUGGUCACUCCACCAGUAACCAAAACCAUUUACUCUGCUCCAUAUGCUGCCUAUUCACCAUACUACUCAUAUGGCCAUGGAUAUGGUGGUCUCUAUGGAUCCUCAUAUGGACUUGGAUAUGGACAUGGAUACGGAUAUGGUCUUGGAUAUGGUCAUGGAUAUGGCCAUGGAUAUGGAUACUAUCAUUGAAAAAAUUCACCAUCAAGAUAUUUCAAAUAUUUCUUAAGGACGGAUGUAAAUACAAACAAUUGGAUUUUUUCCUUUUGAUAAAUAAAACAAUUUUGGAUUAUUUUAUCUGAAAAAAAAGGUUCUUUAUUGAAUAAAAAUUUUUUCUAUCAUA